AUGGAAGGUACAAAUAACGAACACUUGGCAACAUUAUAUGCUUCGUUGAGUCUAUUUAGUGGAGUGGAAAUCGUUCUCCACAAGGGAAGUAAUGUGGAGUUUGAACUUCCUAUUACUUCAGAAGAUACUCUGAGUAAAGAUGUUCAUGGUUCAAAUCGUAAAGUAUCUGCCAAAGUGGUAUCGGGUAAAGAGAAGAAUCGUCGUUUGUCUGAAGGAGAAGUGAUUCCAAAUCCCAUUAUAAGCGGGAAUCUUGCUCAAUCACCGGGUGAUGAGCCUUUGACGGUAACGAUUCCUUCUUCUGGAUAUGAAGUGAAAACAAUUACGGGAACCACUCGAGAUUUAUCCAAACCCGACUAUUUCGUUGAUUCCAACUUCAGUAGCAAUAUGAAGACUGUGGGAAUUAUGUCAGCGAUAGCCAUUGCUCUUCACAACAUUCCUGAGGGAAUUAUCACUUACAUUGGUUAUGUUGAUAACCCCGUUAUUGGUCUUACGUUAGCACUCGGAAUUGCAGCUCAUAACAUUCCUGAAGUUUCAGGUCUGGCCGAACCGCUCGGAGCCUUUUUGUGUAUGUUAUUCUUGCAGAAAUGGGUGAAUAACUACAUUUUUGGUUUCCUUUUUGGAGUAACGGGAGGCAUUAUGACCCAUAUUUGUGUGUAUGAGCUGAUUCCUACCGGAAUUAAGCUCAGCUGUGAAAAGAACUACACAACAACUGCAAUGCUAUGUGGAAUAGCUUUUAUUCUGAUUUCUCUUAUUUUGAUUUGUCGUGUUUGUUUUAACGAACAGAGCAUCCAAGGCCUGCUGCUGCAAUACGAGGAAGAUCGUUGUGGUCAGUAA